GACAGAGGCUGGUACAGCACAUUAUUUGGAUUUGCCGCAGCACCUGAAUACAGCAGUCAUUUUGAGACAGCUGCCAGAGCAUACUAAGGCAUCUUGCUAGGAAUCUGUUUACCCUACAAAAGCAAUGAGAUCCCAACUUCUGAUUUCAGUAGCACAAUUGCCCACCAUCAGUGAGGAUGCUGAGACAAAGACCCAAGGAGAGGGGUCUGGUGUAGAUACAGACAUGACUAAUGGCCUUGAGGAAUAUGUAAAGUCCAUACAAACACUGGCACAACCUAGUUCAUUUUCAAUGGACCUUGUACAGCCAGGACAGAGCAAGAACCUUCGCAGGACACGCAUGAGGAACAGAUCAUCAUUAAGGGGCUGCGAGGGCAGAGUGCUGACAGCAGCACAGGAUGCCACUUCCCCAGUCUUGCAAGUUGAUGCAGACCCACUUGCUUGGUUAUACAGACAGAAUGGAAAGGAAAACCAAGACAUUCAGGAGGCAUCUUCAUCCCAUCGCAAUGCUUUUUCUCGGUCUUUGUGCCCUGCAAGUCACUUAAACCUGUUUAAAACGGCAGACACCCUCAAGAGACAGCCUAGUGGCAAAGAUCAAAACAGUGCACUGCAAAGGGCACAGGAGAAGAGAAAUAAAAUACGCUUACAAAAGAAAUCUCGUUCUCUUAGUUGCAGCAAUCGUGUAGCAAACAAAUUACAAAAACCUCAGCUACCAGUUAUCUAUGAGUUGUAAUAAAGACUUAAAUUCAUGCAACUAAAGGACUUGUGAUAGAAACUGAAAUUCACACAACUACCUGUUAUAUAUCAGCUGUUAAAGAGACUUAAAUCCACACAUCUAGCUGUGAUCUAUCAGUUGUAAUUGAAACUUACAUUCACUUUGCUACUUGUUAUGUUAUGAGUUGUGACAGUAAAUUGUAUCUUUCAACUAAAUGAGUAUGUGAUAGAAAUGGAAAUUCAUACAACUACCUAUUUUAUACCAACUGUUAUAGGAUUUAAAUUCACACAUCUUGCUGUUAUUUAUCAGUUGAUAGAGACUUACAUUUACUUUGACACGUUAUCUGUGAGCUGUGAUAGAGACUGAAAUUUGAACGUUUAAUUUCCUCUAUAUUAGAGAGUGAUAAUUUGAACCUAAGUGUCUGUAUUUUCCAGACUUGCUCUAAUAAAAUCUCUAUAUUUUGAAUAUUAAAAA